AGGCGGAGAUUGCGGGGCUUGAGGCAAAGAUGGAGUAAACAUCAGUUGAACCCAUUGUUUCUUCGUGUCUAUAUCAUAACUCCAGGCACAGAACUGAAUUCUGCGCAUCGCAAUCAUUAGUGACCACAUCAUAGUUCGAAAUCACAAAUAUGGACUCUUCCAGCUUGUUCAGGGUAGAUGGGAUGGUGGCCGCCAUCACUGGCGGAGGAAGCGGCAUCGGCCUGUUCAUGGCCAGAGCUCUGGCCGGCGCUGGCGCAAAGAGGGUGUACAUCCUAGGACGGCGCAAGGAUGUUCUUGAGAGGGCCGCAGCAGACCACAGCAAUAUCAGUCCUAUCGAAUGCGACGUCACAUCCAAAGACUCUCUCCAGUCGGCGGUCGACACCAUCACCAAGGAAAUCGGCUACGUGAACCUACUCAUCGCCAACUCGGGUGUAAUUGGGCCCGAGGGCCGCUUCAAUACUCAACUGUCCAUCUCAGAACUGCGCAAGACGUUAUUUGAGGGCGUCGACAUGGACGAAUUCACCAAGGCAUUUCAUGUCAACGUGACGGGCGCAUAUUUCACCAUGACGGCCUUCCUCGAGCUCCUAGACGCUGGCAACAAGAACGCGCUGAAAGGUGGCUUUGGUGCGCCGGUCAAGCAGGGCAGCGACGUCCAGUCCAUCCAGAGCCAGGUCAUCAUCACGAGCAGUAUUUCGGCAUACAGCCGCGCCGCACCUUCUACGCCGGCAUAUUCUGGCAGCAAGGCGGCUAUCGCUCAUCUGUCAAAGCAUGCCAGCACCAACCUGGCACCGUACGGGAUCAGGGUCAAUGCCCUGGCACCAGGCUUGUUCCCCUCCGAGCUAGCUGCCGGACUCAUUGGUAGCCGCGAUCCAGGUGCCGAGAGCUUCGAUCACCCGGCAUUCAUCCCAGCCAGGAAGUUCGGUGGCGAGGAGGAGAUGGGCGGCGCUGUCCUGUACCUAGCAAGUCGCGCUGGUUCGUUCUGCAACGGUUUAAUCCUGGUGAACGAUGGAGGAAGACUAUCAGUCAUGGCAUCUGAAUACUAGAAUUUGUAUCGCUUAAAGCAUGUGCUGAAGUACACUAUGGUCGAGUAGUACUACACGUUUGGAUACACUAGAUAGACAUGACUGGUCAUCGCAUCUUUGGACACGGCUUCUUAAAUAGUCUAAAAGAAAAUGAUUCUGCUAGUGAUGAGAAUUCUUGGAGGUCUCUAU